AUGCCUUCCGUGAAAACCGAGCCGGCUGCUCCUCUUCAUGUGUCUGGGGUUCCAGCUGCCAAAGCUUCGACUGGGAGGCGCAAGAUCACUGACUUUCGCCUGGCAGAGAAGUUGGAAGACUGCCGCUUUGUCAGGGAUCUUCUCCGACAUACGGGGCGCCUGAUUCAAUGGGCAAAUGAAGAUGUGGUCAAUGUCAUUACAUUGGAAGCUUUGGGGCUGAACUAUCGUCUCAUGGUCAUGGUGGCCGAUUUUCACUGCUCCCAGACCAAUGUGGUCAAACCCCCGGGCAUCAAUUUCUUGAAAGCUCAGGCUGCUGGUGUCACGGAAUUCUUCGACGCCAUGAUGAAUCACUGGGAGAAGCCACUCAAAGAGCUCUCUGCCCAAAGGAUGCGAAGAAGGUCAGAAGGCCACACCGAAGUGAUCGAGAUUCCAGAUGAUGAUUGCAAAAGCGUUUCCAUGGAUGAGCUUGAAAAGCAGUCCUUGCAGAAAGCGCAAGAAGGCAUCAUCAUUGUUGAUGGUGAUGAUUUGUUGGCGGAUGAUGGAUACGCUAACCCCGAGGAAAUUGCCAAUGGCGAGGUUCCCGAAGCCAUGCCCAAGCCCGAGGAGAAACCCAACACCAUGACCGAGAAGAAAGCCACGAUCGAGGAGAAACCUGAGGAAAAGCCCACGCUUGAGGAGCCGAAGUCUGCUGAUGCUGACAACCGUGGAAAGGAUCAGUCUGUCGAUGCGGAGGAUGCUGAUGCGAAGGCUUUGGCCGCGAAGCGUCGAGAGGAGUUGAUCAAGCAAAUCCUUGACAAAAAGAACGAGCUGGAGAAGCAAGCAAGAAUGGACGAAGUGAAGAACACUGAGAAAAAGAAUGAUGUCAAGGACAAGUCAGAGAAGGACCCUCCUGCUGAUGUUGUGCAAACAGUUCCAUACGAUGUGGAUGCUGCCCUCUAUGAGCAGUACAUGGACAAUCCGGAGUCGCAAUGGCGAAUGGAAGAGGCAGCCAAGACACAGGAAGACGAGGAGACUAGUGAGGAGAUCAACGAGAAGACGCAGCUUCUUCGAGCUAAGACUUUGAAGCUUGGUGAUGAGCAAGCAGCUGCAGCCAAAGAGGGGUCUGACGAAGAGGAGCCUGCCGAAGAGAAAGGAAGAGCUUCUGUGAAGCCAUUGGAGAAGGGCAAAGGUGGUGUCGUACCUCGAGCGAAGCAAAAGAUGGAAAAAAAAGAAGCAUCAGCAGGUGAUGAGGUGCUCGCUGAUGACACUGCUGGGGAGCCAGCCCCGACUGAGAAUCCCUUCGGUCUGGAGAAGAAGAAAGAUCAACCAGUUGACUUGCAGCUGGUGGACAUUGAUAGUGACGAUGAUGAGCUGCGCGAUUCUGCUGUGCCCCUGAGUCUCUUGGAAACCAUGCAUGCGCAGGGACUGUCGUUGAAGGGUGCGAUUGCGAGCCUUCGCAACGCAAUGGUAGAUGCGCCGAUUGUCAAAAGGAUUGAGCAGUACAAAAUCAAGAAGGUGAAGGUGCAGAAGGCGAAGCCAAAGACUGAGGAGGAAGCUGGGUCAGAUCAAUCAGAUGAGGAGGAGAUGCGCGACGAGGACGAGGAGGAGAUCUCUAGCAUGCAUGCGAAGAAAAGGGCUGAGGUGAAGCUGCGCGAGGCAAAGAAUGCCAAGACCAAAAAUUCCGAACCCAGUUCGGAUUCUGAGCUUCCCUUGCCCAAGGACAGCAAGGUGGAAAAGGUGACGAAGAAGAAGACUACUGAGGAAGCUCCGGCGAAGAAGAAGAAGAAGACUGAGGCUGAGGCAGUCCCGGACAAGAAGAAGAAGAGGACUGAUGAAGCCCCGGAAAAGGGUGAGCCCAAAACUUUUGCCCGCCGUCCAUGCCCAAAGACUUCCCCGGCCAGUGACCGUUGGAUUGCAAUCUCCCAGACUUUCAAGAAGCAUGUGGCGCCCAGAAUCGUGGCCUUGGGAUUGUACACGUACUCGUACGAGGAGCCUUUCCUGCAUAUGGCAACGGCGGCCCUCGAGGGCUAUGACCCGUCCGACUACGCCAAAGUAGUCUGUGGGAAAGUGGUUGAUUUCAUGGAAACGCUUCAGGUUUUCAAGACUGCAUUUUGGAUGCGUAAGCAAUACACCUGGCGCUUUGCUAGCAAUGUUGUUCAGCUCUUUGCGGGGUUUGGAGAAGAGAGACAUUUCGAGUCUUUACCACCAGUCUGCGAUGAGAAGACAUGCAUCGAGCUCUUCUCCGAAUUAUCCUUUGAUGAUUUAUGGGAUGACUGUAGCGGUUUUGGCCGGGCCAGCAUUUCGGGGCAAAGCAUUACGAUGCUCAAUAUCUCAUUUCGAUCUCGUGUCUUCAGCUCGGAUUCGCUCAUGGAUGGUGAAGCGAUUUUGGCUAAUCAAGUCUUUGAUGACAUGGAUGUAGCUGCUCUUGAAGCGGAGCUCAACCGCUUGAAGGAACUGAGUGCUAGCUCGCUGCCUGGCUGUGUGACGAAGCCGGUGGCGACUCCUGCCCGUGCAGUGGAUGGGCAGCCUUUGAAACCCAUGCUGCAGGCUGAUCCGUACGACAUUGAUGGGGACAAGACUCCUCAGGCCCGAGGCACCCGCCGUUGCCUUUCUUUUGAAGCUGAGAAGGAGCUCGACCAGAAACCUCCUGAAGUGACUCCCGAAGAGUUCGCAAAGGCUCUUCCCAUGUCCGUUGUCAGAAAGCGAAUUGAUCGCUUAAUGAAACCAAAAGCUGAUGGAACCUACAAGGUGCCUCUAGAAUUGGUUGAGGAAUGGAAGAAGGGUGACCAGAUGAAUAUCUUGCGCGAAUUUCGGGAAGCAGGUUUGGACAAGGACAUCUUUGUUCGAAAGCUUGUCAAGCGGAUCAAAGAGAAGGUGUCUGAAAACGACAUGUGGGUCGAUGGCCAGUUUAUGUCAGAAAAGGACAUGCGAGAUGAUGGUAUUGAAGAGCAACCCAGCUGCACGAAGGACUUCUAUGAGAAGGAUGUGCAUGUCUACUGGGUGCAGGGAAACUUGAAGGGAAAGAAACUGAAGCGCUACCGUGAGAGCACUGCAGUCGAGUCGGAGUCCUCUGCUGAUGAUGCUGACCCAUUCGAUACCUCCAUGGAGAUUGAUGAGUGGGACCACAUGGAAAUCAAGCCCAGCGCAGACGAAGCCAAGCUGACCGAGAAGGCGGAAAACUUGGCGGUCGAAGCCAAAUCGCUGCUGAGCGAGAGAUCGCACGAGUGGGCCACGAAAAUCGGGGCCCUUGCAGACGAAAUUUCAGACUGCAAUUCAGGUGGCAUCGCUGAUGGAUUUACGCAUGUGUGUCGCGAAGCCUUGAGCCUGCAAAGCCGUGCCCAGCCCCGUGGUGAAGAAGCUGGUCCCAUUCUUCGACAUGCUGUUGAAAUUGUUGCUGAUGGGGCUCCGGCGCGAACCUUGGCCGAGAAGACCGAAGCUUUUGCUGACGAGCAUGGCAAAGCCUUCGCACGGAGGACAAUGGGCUCAUAUGGGGUGAAUGUGAAGAACGCAAAGCGAUUGCACGAUGCUUUGGUGCGGAAAUUUGGGCUUUCCUUGAGGCCUCACGAAAGCGAUGCAGCUGCCAUUGUGAAACCUCAGUUGAGUUUGGUGGUGGUGACGCUGGUGAGAGAUGCUUUCCACAUCUUCCGCAUGGGAAUUGGAAGGAACUACAUUGCUUCUUGUGUCUUCUUGCUGUGCUACAUGAAAUGUUUUUCAGUCAUUGGGGAGCGCAACGCAAUAGACAAAUGCUUGGAACGGGCGUUCGGCAACCUGAAGCUGUUUUGUCUGGCCAAUGGCUUGAGCGUGCAAAGCAUUC